AUGCGCUGGGCAGACCUGCUUGUCCUUCUCCCUGCAGCCCCAUACCGACUGGCGGCUUUCCCCUUUGCUGCUCUUUUCCAUCACCUCUGUGCUUUCGGACACGUCUCUCUGACUGCCCGGUACAUAUUCCUCCUCAUUGGAGGAUGUCUCCUUGCCGGCAUAGCCAUGGGCAGCUACGCUGUGUUGUUCUUCAUCCCUGCCGCUGGCUCUGUGCUCAUCCUCCUCUCCAUCAGCCCAGCUCGUGCCCACACCUGGGUCUUCACCCUCCAGAUGUCCUGGCAGACACUCUGCCACCUCGGUCUGAGCAACCAGGAGCUGGACCCACAGGAUGCCAGGCCAGCCGUUGCCCUCUCUGCCAUCAUGCUGCUCACCCAGAAGGCUACAUCUCUAGCCCUGGAUGUCCAUGAAGGGAUCAUGCCGCUCCAGCUGGGCCAGGGGUGGCUUUUGCAGCGUGCGCUGCCCCUCUGCAGCUACCUGAUCUUCUUCCCAGCACUCCUCGGAGGUCCCCUGUGCUCCUUCCACAGGUUUCAGGCUCAGGCCGAGUCCUGCGGAGCUCUCCCCAGCCCUCUGUGGGCCACGGCCCGGCGGUGCCUCUGCGCGCUGGCCCUGCACGGGCUGCGCCUGGGGCUGCUGAGAGGGCUGUCCGGCAG